GCUGGGGAGAUUCCGUCCCCCGCUGAAUGAUUGGCUUCACCGCGGGCCCCGCAUUUAACGGUCCAGAUCCUCCCCGACGCAUCGUAAAAAAAUACGGACCGUUGGAUUGCAUCGCAGGCCCCGGAGGAGCAGAUCGGACGCCUAUAAAACGGGCUGAAGAAAACGAGAAGAAAACCGGAAGAAGUUAAGUGGUUGUUUCUUCCUACGCCUUUCCUCGUCUCCAAAUUAUUAGAUUUUUUUUGUUUCUACGAGAACCGGUCUUAGUCUCUUUAUUGAUCUCGUGGUGCUCUUUGAUUUGGGAACAAAAAGGCAAGAUUUUUAGGUUCUUUUUUUUUUGGAAUUCUCCUGUUAUUUUAAGCAAUUUCUCGCCCUUCCCCCCCAUUUUUUUUUGUGAUCAAAUUAGGGUUCAUCUCCUCCGCCUUUACACUCUGAUCUCGUGAAUGCGAAUUGGUUGCAAAGAGAAGCAAGAUCUAGCUCUUUUUAGGGAUUCUGCUUAUUUUUAGCGACUUUUGAUAUCCCCCCCCCCUCCUUGAGAUAAAGUUUGAGCUCGUGCUCGCUUUCCACUUUGCUUAAUUUCUACACAAUUAUCGGUUUCUAUUUAAUGAUUCGUCGGUAGAUUCCAUUUAAUUCCCCAGUUUGAUCCUUUUCUCCCCAAAUUCUUUGAUCAGGGUCUCAAUUGAUCGAGAAAAGGAUGGCUGUGGCAUUUACUCGUUUCUCUUACUGGAUAUGGGGAUCAAAAGAUCACGAAACCCCAAACACGUCCCCGAAUUCUUCCUCUGAGUUCCCUUCGGGCUACCGAGAACCCGAUUCCUUGAGGUUUUCAUCGAUUGGGCCACGAAUUCGGUCGUCGACGAGGAGGGUUAAGAGGAAAUGGCAGAGCAGGGAGGAGAGGAGGAGGAUUGAUAGGGAGUAUGAUAUUGUUUUGGUGCCUUCGGAUGGAGGGUGCAUGUCUGGUUCGGAGUCGGAGGAUUCGGAUUGGUCGGUAGGGUGGUUGGAGCCUCAUGGGUCGGAUUUUGAUAGUGAUGCUGAGAAUAGCUUUGCUGUGUUGGUGCCUUGUUAUGGGAGGGGGAGGUGCGAGAAGGUGGAGGCAAUGAAAAGUGGGGCCUUGGGUGCAGUUUACGAGCAGAAUGUGUACUCUUCCGCUGAUAAGGAUUACAUUGAACAGUGGCUCUCCUCUCUCCAGGAAGUGUGAUGCCUGCUCCUUACUGAUUCUGUGAGCUUGGUCUUCUAUAGAUGCUUCCUUCUUGUUGAAUAUCCUAGCUGUUUUGCGG